AUGGGCGCGCCACAGCAGCUCGGCACAGCCAUGGCGCUGGACGCGCAGGGGAUGGUGUACCAGUACAUUUCGGGGCUGAGCGGGUCCGGGCGGUUCCCGCAGCCGGCGCCGGUGGUGGACCCUGACUUUCCCGCGGCCAACCACAUCAACAGCACGGGCGGGGCCGGCGCCGAGCCGGGCUUCAACUACUUCUUCCCGACCGAGCACGCCAAGAUCAUCGUGCUCAAGUGCGCCGUGCCGCCGUGGACGCUUGUUCCGGGCUCGUAUGGUGAUAUCCCCUUUCAUGCGGCCAAGGUUCCCGCGAAUAUUACCAUGGCGGAGUUGUUGGUUGGGUUUGGCGCGGAGAAUCCGGAUAAGGCCAAGAAUCAGUUCUGGGAGGUCUAUCCGCAGGGUGGUGGGAAGUGGGGGUGGAAGGAGCAUUGUACUGGGGAUGACGAGAUCAUGAUGGCGCGGACGGUGCGGGACAUGGGUUGGGUUGAGAAGAGGGAGGGGACGGUGCCGACGGUGUAUUUGUGGAUUAGCAAGGUUUGA